AUUUUGAGCGCCCCUUUUGAAUUUGACAACAACACAGCUGGCGAGGCGGCUAAUAUCGAUUUAUUCGUGUUGACCGAAUUUGAACAGUCUUUAGUAUUUACUUUUUAUUCUGAUAAGGUCGGUAUGGCGACCAUCAGGGAUCCUGACGUCGGGGAGACGUUCAACAGCAAACUGGAGGAAAUAAGGAGCAAACUGCUAACGCAGGCAAUGGGAGAAGUGAUGAACGAUGCGACAGCAGAGUUCUCCCAGGCCCACAGGCACUACAUGACAUCCAUUCUUGAUACAUGUUCGAAAAAGUGUAGAGAAGAUGAAACUAUGUUUCAAACUAUACAGACAUAUAUGGAAGAUAUAAAACACAAGAGGGCUGCCAUUAAGGAAAAGCUUGCAGAAGUCCCUGAAAUUGUGGAAGACAUUGGGGACAAGGAAAACAGUAAAGAAAACCUAAUUAAGAAGAUUGAGAAACUUAAGAUGGAACAAGUUAAGGAAAGAGAACUUAUUGAUUCGCAGAACAAAGCGAACAAGGCCAGGUUAAAGAACUUGAACAAAAUUAAAGAGAUCUUUCAAGAACGGUUAAGUCUUGAGAUCAGAAAAAUACAGGGUGAGAAACUGCAGUUCAUCUUCAGAAACAUCAACCACAAAAAUCCAGAAAGUGCAUACACCUUCCUUUUAAGGAUAAGCGAGGAUGGGGUGUACCAAAUGAUCUCCUGUGAUCCUCCACUGGAACAAGCGGUUCACCUGGAGCGGAAACUGCAGGAGACCAACAACUUCUCUGCCUUUCUUGCUAAUGUCAGGAAAGAGUUUGUGGCACUACAUAAUGCAACAAAGACUGCCUGACUUCACAUUUAUCUAGAUAUUGAUGGUGAACAGAAUCCAUCAGUACAGUUAUGGUCACAAUUUUAAAUUUAAUUGUAUCCAGUCAUCAGUAACCAGUACCUAUUGUGAUUAACAGUGUGGUAUUUCAAAUUGUUUGUUUUAUACUGUCAUUUCUGUGUGGACUCUUGUACAUAAUAAAAUGCAAGUAAUUGUUAGUUCAUGUUUUGUUAUAUUCAGUCUAUAUUUGUAAAGUAGAUCUGAAUAGCAGAAAAAAGGAGGCAUUGUAUUGCUAUCUGUUCAUUUCUUGAAAGCAAUUUCCCCAUGACUUUAUUCUAUUUUAUUCAGCAUAAACAUUGUAAAUACAUUUUAAACAAAUAUUAACACUUAUUUCAUUUAACAGUGCAUUUCUGAAAUUCAUUUCAAAUUGUUUUUGUUCUUUUUUUAAAGGCCCUGCAUAGUAUUUUUCCUGAUUACUCAAAAUGUUACAUUAACAAGAAGUACAUGAUUAUCUUCGUAUUUCUGCUUCAGUUCAACAUUUUAUUGGACACUGGAGAGUGCAUAAAAAUAACCUCAAAUUAUUAUUUUUUUGUAUACUGCCCCUAACGUCUAUCUAGGAGUAACACCUUAUUUUGCGUUAUCUUUAACGUCAUAGUCAUGAUUAACUAUAGCGAAUCAUAAGUUACCUUAUAUUGCAUAUUUAUGAACUGUGAAACGAACUGAUCCUCCCACAUUAACUCCGCAUAGGUCUACCCGAGUAACAGAUGGCAGGUGCGUACAAAUGCUGUUUUUCAAUUCGUUUGAAAUUUGGGCUCAGUACAGCUCCUGAUUUGGCGGCCGAUUAAAGUUUAAAGCACCGGCUUCCCGACACUUACUGGAGACAAUGUGGAUGAGAAUUAAAAAUA